AUGUCAGAUGAUGGCUCUUUCAAUACAGGCCAGCGAAAGGCGGUAUCUUCCAAAAUCACUCCGGCAUAUGAGUUGGCUAACUCAGAUCACUAUCUGGGCGUCGCACGACGGCACCUGACCGCCUCAAUUUCCGAGCACGAGAAGAUACGACAGUUUUCUUGUAGUCCGGCCGUCGACGGGCCAAAGGAGCUUCAGAAACUCGUCAACCACCGUCUCCACGGCUCCCCCGGUGGUGUUCUGGCAGCUCUAAGUGAAGAAUGCUGGGCUGAUAUCCUUUACACCUACGACGAGGAGAUCGGCCUCCAGUAUCCUUUCCUCGAUAUAGCUGACCUACAGAGGGACAUCAGCCAGGCAGUUCACCAGAGGGCAGACGGAUACUUUUCCCAGCACGAUCAAAUAUCCGACAUUGCCACGCUCAUCCUCGCCGUCGUCGCCAUCUUCACCGAUUCUGACUCGGCAGAAAUAUCCAACGCCUUGGUGCAGAACAUAUUUACGGAUGCCAUUGCAAGAACACAUCUCGCCGGCGGCGACAGGCAAAGCCUUUCCUUGCUGACCCUCACAAGCAUUUACUUCUUCCUGACCGACAGAGAGAUUCUAGCUUGGAGGGGCAUCGGUACUGUUUCGCGGCUGCUUCAAGAGCUUCGGGGCCACAGAAACGACGAUCUGCCACAUAUGGCAACGUCGGCCUCUCCCAAAGCGGACGACAAUGUGAGCGAGAAGAUGUACUGGACUGUCUACACCCUGGACCGGCGGUGGAGCUUUGGCACCGGUCUGCCCUUUUCUAUUCAGGAUACAGACGUCCGCCACUAUCCCCAGUUCUCGGACGACUCGCUGUCCGCUCUCUACCUGGAGCACAUGGUGAUAUACUGCGGCAUCACGUCCGAGGUACGCCGGUGGUGUCUUGAUGCUCCCCUGGCUGCAGCCGCCACGGCAAACUCUAUGUGCGACCUCCUCUGCUUCCGCGUGAUCAUGUGGCAGCGUAACUUGCCCGCAAAGCUGCAGUUUCGCGGCCUCCAGGACGCAUUCGAUGCGGCCAAGGAGAGCCGUGGCACUUACAAGAUCCGCCUGACCCUCUAUCUGCGCGCAAACCAGAUGCGCACUGUCAUCUACCGCAAAGCGGCUGUGCGGCCCGGCACAAGGGAUUUUGACCCCUCUCACGCCAACAUCAUGGCUGCCACCGCACAAGACACCGUCCGCAUCCUUGAUAGCCUCGCGCGCAGCACUAACAUCUACCAGACGCAGCAGAAGACUUUUAACCACUUCCUCGAGACCGCCCUUUCGUCCCUGCUACUGGUUCUUUGUUGUUCUGUUGACCCCGAAAAUCGUUCCUGUUUGGAUGAGGUGUUUACCGCCUUGGAGCUGGUCCGCCAGCUCUCCACAAGAUCAUCUGUCUCACGGCGACUACAGGACAAGCUGCAGACGUUCCAAGCCGUCGUGACCAGUCUGCAAGCCGAGAUGCAACACGCCGGAACCGUCGACAUUAGCUGUGGCAGUGCAAACGCUUCACCAGGGCCGACAGCCUCUGCAUCUGUGUCUGGAGACCUCGAUCCCGUCGCCUCUUUUCGUGGACCGCUUGCCAACGGCUUUUCCGUCCCGGUCCAGCCCGUCUUGCCCCUGCAAACGACAGCAGCAUGUUGCAGCUCGUCAGCGGACUGCGAGACUAGCAAUGUCCCUCUCUUUCGAUGUCCAGAGUUGACCGACUACCUGAUGGGAUUCAACAGUAGCCUUUUUAUCUAA